AAGUUCUCACUUCCUCCUCUCCCAAAUUCCCACCCUUUUCUUCCUCUCAUUUCCCAAAAGUCCAUAUGUCAUAAAUUCCAAAAGUGAAAAAAAGAUUUGUGAUUGAUUGAAGAAAUGGAAAUAGAGUUGGCAAAGUGUGAGUGUUGUGGUCUAAAAGAAGAUUGCACACAAGAGUACAUUAGUCAAGUGAAGGAAAAUUUUGAUGGGAAAUGGCUAUGUGGACUGUGUUCAGAAGCAGUUAGAGAUGAAGUAAACAGAGGAAAAAAGCAGCAAUUUCUUUGCAUGGAAGAGGCAGUGAAGGCACAUAUGUCAUUUUGUAGAAAAUAUAAGUCAAAUCCAGCAAUUAAAGUAGCUGAUGGGAUGAGGCAGAUGCUAAGGAGAAGGUCUGAUUUGACAUCAUCAUCAUCAUCAUCACCUAAUUCCAACAAGUAUUCAAGAUCAGCAACUUCAUCUCAAGUAGGAGAUGAUCAAUUCUCUUUCUCCUAUUAUUAGUUAGACAAAAGAGAGAAAGCAUAGUUUCUUCAACUUUUGAUGGAAAAAUAAAAAGGUCUAACAACAAACAAGUCUUUUUCAUUGGAGAAAUCUUUCUUGAUCUUGUACAGAGGAUGUUGUUUUAAUAGUGCAAAUAGUUUAAUUAUUUUUC